GCGCGAGCUGUGGGGUAGUUCUCGAGGGCUCCGGUAACCUGACACCAGUACAGACAGUUGCCAGACCCGCCCUCCUUUCUUGCCUUCAUACUGGUUGCUGUGUGGAGUCUGAGACCAUCGCAAUCCUGGACUGGGCGCUGGGAGGACGACUUAGCCCAAGUCGGCGGGGCUGCUGUGUAGCUGCACGGUUAUUCUCGAACACUCCAUCCGGGUGCUUUCAGUACUUGUGAGUUCAUGCUUCUCUGGGCCAUUUGAGUAGAUGCAUCUGUUUUUUACACAAGGCUCCUUUUAAAAUCAAGAAAGUCUCUAGCCAUGGCAGAUGAUGAUCUUAUUUUUAGCAUAGAAGGGGUGGAGAACAGCCGGUCAAAGCGGGGAGGCUCUGUUGAUGACAGUGACGAUGAGGAUGGCUUUUUCAUCUGCCCAAUCACCGAUGACCCAGUGCACAAUAAGUCUUCUUCUGGCGAUAUAUGUAAUUACCUGAAGAACCUCAUCCAAAAUGAGAAGUACAGUAGCAGCUCUUCUCCCAGGCAGUCUUUCAGCUUUAAGGAAACCUGGAAACAUGCCAUUCAGAAAGCUAAGUCAAUGCCUGACCCCUGGGCAGAAUUUCAUUUGGAGGAAAUUGAAACUGAGGCCUGCAUACGUUACAGGUACAAUGCUGUCAAGGGAGAAUGGGUUGAAGAUGAGGUCUUCAUUAAGAUGGCAUCUCAGCCUUUUGGCCGUGGAGCUAUGAGGGAAUGCUACCGAACGAAAAAGCUCUCGAAUUUCUCGCAUAGCCACAAGUGGAAAUCUGCAUCCAAUUAUGUGGCCAAGAGAUAUUUGGAGACUGUAGACCGAGAGGUGUAUUUUGAAGAUGUCAGACUGCAAAUGGAAGCCAAGCUCUGGGGAGAAGAAUACAACCGACACAAGCCUCCCAAGCAGGUGGACAUUGUACAAAUGUGCGUCUUGGAGAUGAAGAACAGGCCAGGCAAGCCGCUUUACCAUCUUGAACAUUACAUCGAAGGCAAAUACAUAAAAUACAACUCCAACUCGGGCUUUGUGCGGGAUGACAACAUCCGACUGACUCCCCAGGCCUUCAGUCAUUUUACAUUUGAGCGGUCUGGUCACCAGUUGAUUGUGGUUGACAUCCAGGGAGUGGGAGAUCUCUACACUGACCCCCAAAUCCACACAGCCAGUGGCACUGACUUUGGCGAUGGAAACCUGGGUGUGCGAGGAAUGGCACUCUUCUUUCACUCCCAUCUCUGCAACAAAAUCUGCAAAAGCAUGGGUCUCACGCCUUUCGAUUUGUCCUCCAAGGAAAAAGGAUCCCUAGACUGCACCAACAAGCUACUGCAAUCUGCACAGACAGUCCUACGUGGCAGUGAAGAGCACUGUGGCAGUCCUCGAAUUCGGACCAUCUCUUGGAACCGUGCCCCGCUGCUUUCUCGCCUGUCAGAGACGUCUUCAGCUGAUGACAGCAUGAGCGACUGCACCUUUGAGUCUCCGCCGUGCUCUCCUGCGGCAUACCCUUCUGAUUCUCUUGGGAAGUCCCCAUUGGGUUGGUUUAAUGAAAAUGAUGGACUUCAUGAAACUAAUAAUAAUAUUGUUGAUCACAGAGACUCCGAGAGUGGCGGAGACAGUGGCUAUCCCAGUGAGCGGCGUGGGGACCAUGAUGAUCUUGAUCACAGAGACAGGGCCAACUCCCUGUCCCACAGACGGAGCUGUGAGUCAGACGAGGACAGUAUCCGAAGGAGAAGAGUCGCCAUCACCAUCAAACAGCCCUCUCCUAAAAACAGCCCCCAGAACAAAUCGCUGACAGAUGAGAGACUGAACUUCUAUCAUUCGUCCCGCUCACACAUGCAUCGGCCUUCUUGUGUCGCCGUUGAGGUGCAGAGGCUGAAUGAGCUGGAGCUUGAAAAAAAGAUUGGAAAAUCAAUCCUGGGCAAGGUUCAUCUUGCUAUGGUUCGCUACCAUGAGGCUGGCCGCUUCUGUGAAAAGGAUCAGGAGUGGGACCAGGAGUCUGCCAUCUACCAUCUGGAGCAUGCAGCCAUGUGUGGAGAGUUGGAGGCCAUUGUGGCUCUGGGUCUCAUGUACUUCCAGUUGCCCCAUCACAUCCUUACAGAUAUAACUUUGGAGGACUCAGAUGAGAACAGAAAGAAAGGAUUUGAUUACUUACUGCAGGCCGCAGAGGCAGGUGACCGGGCCUGCAUGAUUCUGGUGGCUCGUGCCUUUGACUCUGGAGUUAACUUGCCACCUGGAAGGGAUCAAGACUGGACGGAAUCGGUGCACUGGUACGACAUGGCACUCAACAUGACUGACUACGACGAAGGUGGUGAAUACGACGGCAUACAGGAUGAACCCCGCUACCUUCUCCUGGCUAGAGAGGCAGAGAUGUACUUGGAAGGGGGCUUCUUGCUGGAUAAAGACCCUGAGCGAGCAGGCAACCUGUUUACAGAGGCUGCUGAUGCAGCAAUGGAAGCCAUGAAGGGGCGGUUAGCAAACCAGUACUACAUGAAGGCAGAGGAAGCCUGGGGUGCAAUGGAGGAGUGAGAACUUGGGAGCAGAGCAAGAAUCAAUAUAAUGUGGACCCCCUACUCCAAAAGCAACUUGUCCAUUUGGAGACCACCACACCUGUCUGGGAAGGCUUACCUCCGCCAUGAUGGUGGCUCUUAAAGGACGUCUUUCUGGUUGAUACCUCAGCGUCAAGCAGUGUCGGUGGUCUCAGCUUAUCUCUCUGCACUUCCAGGUGUCAGAUGGGGAAGCAGCCCUUUAGCUGACUGUUACCAAGUUCUUGAACUCUUUUGUCUUCUUUUUUUUGUCUCAUGUCUUUCUUUAAUGUUUAUUUUCUGCAAAAAAAAGUAUAUAUUUUAUGGAAAAUUUUUAUAUAUUUACAAGUACUUUUACAGAAUUGCAGCCUGUAAUAAGAGUUGGGGGCUGCUUUGGAAGUUCUCUGCCGAUUUAUAAGCCCCUGCAUUUCCCACCUCCACAUACUCUUUCUCUAUCCCAGAAUCCCACCGCAUCCUCCCCCCCCCACAAUCUCCCAGCUUCUGAGCUGCUUUUGUAUUUUUUGGCUGCUGUGCUCGACUUCUGCGUAUUCUCUUCACGUUCAUGCAAGAAAAUGGGUCGCUUUUUUCUUGAGCAGCCCCAAAAAUAAUUCUCUUUUGAUAUUGUACAUUUAAAAAAAAAUACUAAUAUAAGAAAAUGUUUACAAAAAAAAACAAAAAAAAAACUUGAAUGUCUUUUAGAACGCCUUUUCAAUGAAGCAGAUGAUUAGUGGCUUUGGUUUCCAUUAGAAAAGCUGCCAUGUUCCUUGUCUUUAUUGUAUGCUAAAUGGUUUUGAUGUUGCAUGCUGUGGUUUAGCUCUCAUCCUCAUGGAUAUGACUUGUGGGGGAUUCUGCCUCAGAUUGUCUAUGCUAAGGAAAGCCUGAAUUUUAAAAAAGUUAUGAAUGGAUAUAAACAGAAGCAUUUAUGGAAUAAACAUGGCAACAGGAGCCUUGACUUUC